AUGACAACUACAGUAAGAGCGUACAAGGGACUUAUGACCAAAAGAAGCCAAGUCGCUCUGGCAUGGUUGGAAGAAUCCACACAGCGUCUUCAACACCUGAAGGAAGAAAGCACACAACAAGAACAAGUCAAGGAAUUCACAAUGACUGUGGCGAGGUGCGACGAGUAUCUGGAACUUCUCGAAGCAUCCUUAACCAAACUCACGGAAGCCUUCGAUAAACUUCAGGAUACCACAGACGAAGAAGAAGAUCAGUUAGACAAGCACGCGGAGAUUGCUCAAGAGACUAUCAUGAAGGGAAAGCUACAUAUUGAUAACUUGUCUAACUCGUCUUUGGACAACGAAGCUACGGAGAAGACAGUGGUACCUACAGGGACACCCGUCGUGAACGAGCUGGAACCGCAAGCCGACUCAAACGCGCCAUUGUCAUCGCCUACCUCCCACAAUGUGCAACCUCCAUCUAAGAGACCACCAGUUGUGAUCGCUGGUGCAACAGUAUCAAAGGACAAGUUUUCGCCGUCAAGCUCAGACGCUAAUUUCUACAUGCACCCGUCAGUCCACGCAACUUCCGCGGAAGCACAUAUGAAGCCUGCUGUCGUGAAAUCUCUUUUCAGCCAUACCGACAUCAAUGAUGAUACUCCGUCUACAAAAUUUACUGCAGAAUCCGAUGCUUUCACAGCAAGCCCAUACUUGAGCCUGAACGUAUUUGCUUUGAUGAAUGAAGUCCAAAUGAUACACAAAGCAUGGGAAGAGUUUCUGGACUUCAAAGAAAAUGUCAAACGACAGCAGCAGGAGAUUCUACAAUCGAUACAAAGGAUGAACCAGCACCUCGAAAUCCUCAAAGCAUGGAACAUGAAGGAUGGAACCGACGUCAUUCGCCAGAAAAUCCCGUCAAAACUGGCCAAGAAGAAAAAAGCAUACGUGCGAAGGCGAAACAAGAGCAGUAGUGAAGAAAAGAAAAAGAGCAUCCCAGCGGCUCCUACACUAUCACAGAAAAAAGAAGAAAGCAUAAGAAGCUGUACAAAACCCAAGAGAAGGCAUACAAAAGAAAUUUCCCAUGAUGAAGAAAGAAAACAAAAGAUUAUCGCACAACGACAGCGACAGAUGAGGACAACUGAGCAGAAUCCCAACCAUCUCUCUUGCACAGGAAGACCCGACGUAAACGUGAAUUGCAAAGGAUCUCGCAAACAGCGUUCAGAUGCUUGCUCGAAGUUGCGCACUGGUACAAGAAGAGACGUUCAACACAGAAAGACACCCCGUAACCGAUGUGUCGAAGUCCGUCAUAGUGAGGACCGCACAGGUCGACGCUCGUGUUUCUACUGCAGAAACACCAGAGGCAACGCUGUCGUGUUGAACCACCAUACUACCACCUGCAGGCUGUUUGGAGACAUUGCCCAUAAGCAACGGAAUCUUAUGCGUCAAGCGAAGACGUUCAAGAACAACAUGAAGUUGAAAUCCGAAAGCACACAGAUGAGGAGGGAGAAGAAAGGCACAGAAUGGAAUGCGAAGAAAAGAAGACCGAAGACGAACGGUACAACCCAGACCCAGUUAACUUGA